CAGCGGGCUCUCUGAUUCAUGGAUUCCUAACACGCAUCGGAGUGGAGUAAUAGCGUAAAUAUAGGAAAUAUGCCAGUGGCCGUGCUUAGUUGUUGAUAUUCUUGGGCGUGGAGCACAGGUACGGCGUUCCAUUCGCAGUGGCAGACCCGUACAGCUGCUCGAGAUAAAGGUACCAAUAGUUCAAUUCGCUUACGAUGUCUGCGUCCAAGGCCCAGAAGUUCUACAAGGUUGACAUUAACCGGACGGAAUGGGAGAUCCCAGAAAUGUACCAGGGCCUUCAGCCUGUGGGAUCAGGAGCUUAUGGCCAAGUUUCCAAGGCUUUGAUAAGAGGAACCAACAUGCAAGUGGCCAUUAAAAAGCUGGCACGCCCUUUUCAGUCCGCCGUCCACGCCAAACGGACGUACAGGGAGCUGCGACUUCUUAAGCACAUGGAUCAUGAGAAUGUGAUCGGUUUGCUGGACAUAUUCCAUCCGCAUCCGGCGAAUGCUUCUUUAGACAGCAUCCAGCAGGUUUAUUUGGUCACCCAUCUAAUGGACGCCGACCUUAACAACAUUAUUAGAAUGCAAACCCUGUCCGACGAUCAUGUCCAGUUUUUGGUAUACCAGAUUCUCAGAGGUCUGAAGUAUAUCCACAGCGCUGGAGUGAUCCACCGGGAUCUGAAGCCUUCGAAUAUUGCUGUGAACGAGGACUGUGAGCUGCGCAUCCUGGAUUUUGGGUUGGCUCGACCAACGGAGAAUGAAAUGACGGGCUAUGUGGCCACCAGAUGGUACCGGGCUCCGGAAAUCAUGCUGAACUGGAUGCAUUACAACCAGACGGUGGACAUUUGGUCGGUGGGGUGCAUUAUGGCCGAGCUAAUCACGCGGCGCACGCUUUUCCCAGGCACUGACCACAUUCACCAGCUCAACCUGAUUAUGGAGAUGCUGGGGACUCCUCCAGACGAUUUCAUGAAGAAGAUCUCUUCGGAGAGUGCGCGCAGCUACAUUCAAUCACUGCCACCUAUGAAAAGGAAAAGUUUCAAGAAGGUCUUCGAAAAAGCCAAUCCGCUGGCCAUCGAUCUGUUGGAAAAGAUGCUGGAGCUGGACGCUGAGAAGCGUAUCACCGCCGAGGAGGCCUUGGCGCAUCCAUAUCUGGAGAAGUACGCGGAGCCUAGUGACGAGCAAACAUCGCCUCCGUACGAUCACAGCUUCGAGGACAUGGACUUGCCAGUGGAUAAGUGGAAGGAGCUGAUCUAUAAGGAAAUAACGAACUUCAAGCCACCGCCAUCAUUUGCUCAGGUCCUCAAGGAUGUCAAAUGAAAUCUGUCCAAGACUUAAAGUAUUAAACAGGGGAAGCUAUAUAUAUAUGUAUAUAGGUAUAUAUAUAUAUUUUGUAUGCAAAGUUUUUACAUUUAUAUUGCCUUUGUUCUCAAACAAAUCUACUUUUAAUGUUGAUUAAUGUUCUGUUUUGUAAUUAACAAUUUGUUAUAGAUUGCCAUUUAUAAUAUAAAUUAAAAAUUUGUUUUCGUAUUUUA